GAAGAUUUUUUGUGAUUUUGUCCCGAUUUACUAAAAGCAUCGAAUUAAACUCUUGAAGGCGCCCGAUGGCGCUGGCAGCAUUAUCGGAUGCUUCAGAGAUGGUUUCUGGUGUCGUGUGGAUGAACCACCAGGACCACAUCCUGCAAACGUACCGAGCGAUCUACGAAAACGGAGAGUACACCGAUUGCAUCCUGAUGCUAGCGGAUGGUGUGCUGCACGCCAGCAGUACCGUGCUCAGCAUGGCUUCUGCGCUAUUGGAACGUAUCUUUGCAGGCGCUAGUCUACCGGCCAGCACCGGCCAGCUCUCAGUCUCCAUUCCAGAUGUGAGCGUCGAGGACAUGCAGCAGGUCCUGCUAUUUAUACACACCGGAGAAGUUAAUCUGCAGCCAUACCAGUUGUCCAGCUUCGUGGAAGCAUGUUCGCUGCUCGAGUUACGUGGCAUUAAAGGCUCGGAUGGUAGCAUGAUGGGGUUGGCAAUCAGCGGUACGAACAUCGUAACAGCAAACCCAUCAACGAAUGAAUCCCCCCUGGACACUACGGCCACAGACGACCCGCAGUGCUUGAGCGAACUAUGGUUUCAGGAUGGCAGCGAAACAGAGCUGGAUGCAGACCCUCCAGACCCGGCGGUUCCGGCGGUCCACGAUCAGUCGCAUGUACCGAGUGCCGCUGAAACGGGGAAAAUUGCGAUCGAAAUGAAUGCGGUGGCAACGCUUGAAAACAUUUCCAACGAUGAUUCGUUGAUGGCACAAGAAAGUCAUCUCGUUGGAGCGGACGAGUCUUCUAUGGAUGGAAUGGAGCGGUGUUCCUCUCAGGACGAUUUGAAGGUGUCCGAAUACGAUGAACGACUAGAAGCUGCCAUCAAUGCCAUCGUGAACGAUCAUCUGAGCUAUCGCCAAGCUUCGCAGGCUUACAAUAUACCAAAGACUGUACUGUGGCGCCGGGCGUUACGGAUCAUACGAACUCCGAAACCAUUCAAACCACCGGCGGUUCGAUUGCAAGCCAUGGAAGCGAUAAAAGCGGGAGCAAAGCUUCUCAGUAUUAGCCGCCAGUUCGACAUUCCACUGUCCACGUUGCACCGUGACAAACAGCGGCUGUUUAACGAUGGGAUGCUGCCUGCCUCGGUCACGGUACGGCAGCGCAAGGACGGAUCAGACGCGGAACAGCGUUUACUUGAGGCAGCCCAGCAUUCGCUGAAUGGUACUCUCUCGCUACGGCAGGCAUCGCAGGCCUACUCGCUGCCUAGGACUUCGAUCUGGCGCAAGGUACAAGCGUUGAAGGACCCGGCUUACGUAGAAGAGACACAUAAACAGCUGGAACAAAAAGAAAGAGAAAAAGAUGCCGAUUCGAAGGGUCGGUAACCUUCCGGAAGGGUAAUUCUGGAAUGUAGGUUUCAAGCAGACGCCAUUGUUACAGACAUGUGGAACCAGAAGUGAACUGAAGAUGCUGGAGACUUAAUAAAUCUGUCUAAAAACUAGCUCAAUGGAUAACGGAUUACUUGGUAACAA